UUGUCGGGGUAGCAGCCGCUCGCAGUCGCUAACCAGCAGAAGCGGGUCUUGCAGGAGUCCGCAGCAGGCUGCUGAAAGCGGGCUACAGAACCGGGAGGCGGACAGCCGUUGGCGGGCAGUGGACAGCAUGAGCGGGAGACCGGCUUUCCUGAGCGCUGCGGAAGUGGAGCGGCACCUGAGUAGCUCCAGCCUCCUGCUACCAACCCUGGAGAAGGCCCUGGCCAACUUUUCUAGCGGCCCCGAGGGAGGAGUCGUGCAGCCAGUGCGCACCGUUGUCCCCGUGGCCAAACACCAAGGUUUCCUGGGUGUCAUGCCUGCCUACAGCUCUAAUGAAGAUGCACUGACCACCAAGCUAGUAACCUUCUAUGAGGGAGUGAGCCCCACUUCUACAAUUCCCUCACACCAGGCCACAGUGCUGCUUUUUGAACCCAGCAAUGGCUCUUUGCUCUUGGUCAUGGAUGGAAGUGUAAUCACUGCAAAGAGGACAGCUGCUGUGUCUGCCAUUGCCACUAAGUUUUUGAAACCCCCUUCAAGUGAAAUUUUGUGCAUACUUGGUGCUGGUGUCCAGGCCUACAGUCAUUAUGAAAUCUUUACAGAGCAAUUCUCUUUUAAAGAGGUCAGGAUAUGGAAUCGCACCAAGAAGAAUGCUGAGAAGUUUGCCCAGACAGUGAAGGGAGAUGUACGAGUCUGCUCAUCUGUCCAGGAGGCAGUAACAGGAGCAGAUGUGAUCAUUACUGUCACCAUGGCAACAGAACCCAUUUUAUUUGGAGAAUGGGUGAAGCCAGGAGCCCAUAUCAAUGCUAUUGGGGCCAGCAGACCUGACUGGAGAGAACUGGAUGAUGUAAUUAUGAAGAAUUGUGUGCUGUAUGUGGAUUCCCGUGAAGGAGCCCUCAAGGAGUCUGGAGAUGUUAUAUUAUCUGAGGCUGAAAUCUUUGCAGAGCUGGGGGAAGUGGUAAAAGGAGUGAAGCCAGCCCACCGUGAGAAAACUACAGUGUUCAAAUCUUUAGGAAUGGCAGUAGAAGAUACAGUUGCUGCAAAAUUGGUUUUUGAUUCUUGGUCCUCUGGUAAAUGAAACAGAUACCUAGCAUUGAGAUGCUGCAACAUUAAGACCCAUUACUGCUGGUAUUCUCCCAUAAUUUCUCAUGGGGGAAUAUACUUUUGCACUUAAUAUUACCUGCCUUAAAAAGCCAACUAGCCAUCUUUAAUUUGUUGUGAAAAAAAAUUACAGUAUUGUGUAUUUCCUUUCUUCUGCCUUAUUGUAUCUUAUAACAUUCUUUGCCAAUAGAUAUUAUUAUCUUUACUUCCCUUAAAUAAAGAGUUUGCCAGUCCUUA